CUGCGGUUUCAGGACGAGUUGGAGGAAUCUUCAAACACCCUGGAUAACACUUAAACAGAUCAUAACUUCUGUACAUUUUAGGGUUUAAAGCCGCUUCCGUGUGUUUCGACCAUUUGAAGUGAAGCUCAUAGUUAAAAAGUGGUUGUUUUUUCCGCUUUCGCAUGCGUCGGGAAAGUAAUUUCCUGUGGGUCUCCGGGGAUAACGCACUUAUUUGGAGGAGAGUUAAUACAACAACUUUAGAAAAAAAGCCUGACGGAAUUUCCUGAAGUUUUGGAGUGGAUAACCUGGGAUGACCAUCGCCUGCUUCCCGUGGAAAACAAAACACAGCAGUCAGUCCGACCGGGACGCAAAACAAAGGGAAUCUCUACCUGGGCGAGUUUUUUAUUUAUUUAUUUAACAAAGGGCAGUGGGAACAUCCCCGCGUGUUGUGAUUUUUUUUUUUUUUUUUUUUUUUUGUAGACUGGUAAUAAAAUGAACGAGUAGGACUUUAUAAAUGAGUGAGUUUCCAAACAAAGGGCAGCUCGGUCGUGAAGGGAGAGAAAGAAAAAGCGCUGGGAGAAAUGGAGGAGGAGGACAACAACUCCCCGGCUGAAGCUCCCAUCUGGCUCUGAGGGCAAGUCCUGCAACAAAGCUGCGUGUUUGGGUCUGAAAACAGCCGUCCCUCCGCCCAUGCAGCAGUGCUUGUGUGGGGUGUGAACAUGAGGGGCUGCUGGCUGCAGCCGGCGCUGGUCCUGCUGGCUCUGCUGGCGAGCGCCUGCCUCGGCAGCGGCGGCGGCGGAGCGCCUUUCCCCUGCAAGUCCUCCGAGGAGCGGCCCCGGAGCCCCAAGAGCCCCAAGAGCCUCUCCUCCUCCCCCGACCAGAAGGUGGUCUGCAGCAGCACGGAGCUGCACCAGGUGUUACCGCCGGAAUCCCUGCCCAACAGGACGGUCACGCUGAUUUUAAACAACAACAAGAUUCAGGAGAUCAGAAAGGGAUCAUUCUUUGGAUUAUCUGUUCUGGAAAAACUGGACCUGCGGAGUAACAUGAUCAGUCGUAUUGAUCCCGGGGCAUUUCUGGGCUUGCCAGCACUGAAAAGAUUAGACCUAUCCAACAACAGUAUUGGCUGUCUUAACGCAGAGAUCUUCAAGGGCCUCGCCAGUCUGAUCCGCCUAAACCUUUCAGGAAACAUAUUCUCAUCAUUGACUCCAGGAACCUUCGACAGCCUGGUGUCUCUGAAGGCACUAGACUUUCAGACACCGUACCUGCUGUGUGACUGCAACCUUUCAUGGCUGCUGCGUUGGAUCAAAGAGAGAAACAUUGCUGUGAAGAACACUAAGUGCUCGUACCCACAGUCUCUCCAGGGUCAGCUCAUAACCUCCAUCAGGCCAGAGCUCCUCACCUGUGAUGCUCCACUUGAACUGCCCUCGUUCCAGCUGACUCCCUCCCAGGGUCAGGUUGUGUUUCAAGGGGACAGCCUGCCCUUCCAGUGUCAGGCUUCCCUGGUGGCCGACGACAUGCAGGUGCUGUGGUACCAGAACGGCCGCAUGGUCAAGCCGGAUGCCACUCAAGGAAUCUUCAUCGAAAAGCGCAUCGUGCAGAACUGCUCUCUGAUUGCGAGCGCAUUGACCAUCUCCAACAUCCAGCCGGGUUUUACUGGGAAUUGGGAGUGUCGGGUGUGGACUAGCAGGGGCAACACCACCAGGACCGUCCAAAUCGUGGUCUUGCAGAGUUCAGCCAAGUAUUGUGCCCCUGAACGCGUCUCCAACAACAGGGGAGAGUUCAGAUGGCCGCGUACUCUGGCAGGAAUCAGGGCGUACCUCCCCUGCAACAGACUGCCGUCGAGUGCGGGCACCUACAUGGGCAGCUCUGGCGAAGAGCAGCAGGCGUGGCGGUACUGCAGCCGCGAGGGGCUGUGGACGGAGGAGGACUACUCCCACUGCCAGUUUCAGAAGGACGUCACCCGAUUUCUCUACGUCAUCAACCAGAUGCCUCUAAACGAGAGCAAUGUCGUCACCAAAGCACGGCGCUUGCUGCUCUACACGAUAGACGCCGCCAACUUCUCAGACAAGAUGGACAUUAUCUUUGUGGCUGAGAUGAUCGAGAAGUUCGGCAAGUUUGUGGAGAAGUUUAAAGAUCUGGGUGAGGUUAUGGUCAGCAUGGCCAGUAACUUGAUGCUCGCUGACGAGAGAGUUCUGUGGAUGGCCCAGCGUGAAGCCCUGGCCUGCACCCGCAUCAUCGCCUGCCUCCAGAAGAUCGCCGUCUACCGCCUGGCUACAGCUCAGGCCUUCUCUCUGACCUCCCCCAACAUCGCGCUGGAGGCCCACACCAUCAAGGCCAACGACUGGAACGGCAUGAACUGCAUGUUGUUCCAGAGGGCCAGCCCCGAGCGCACGCCGGGCCAAGACCGCCAACUCACCUUCAAAUGUAACACGACCAGCUCCUUCACCAGCAUCUUCUACAAGAGCACUGUGUUUGAGGCCUCCCUGCAGCUUCCACAGUCUCUCUUCACCCAGACUGCGGUCCCGGGGCAGGCAGACGACUCCAUCUACAAACUGCACCUCCUGGGUUUCCGCAACGGCAAGUUCUUCCCCUCCACUGGCAACACCUCCCAGCUGGCUGAUGGAGGAAAGAGGAGGAGUGUGGCCACCCCUGUCAUCAUGGCCAAAAUAGACGGCAUGUCCCUGCGCGUGCUGAAGACCCCCAUUAACGUCACCCUCCGGCGGUUUGCACGGGGCUCAGACGCCGUGUCUGCCUGCUGGAACUUCAGCCUGGCGGGAGGUCAGGGGGGGUGGAAGACCGAGGGCUGCCGCAUCCUGGACCAUCACGACAAUUUCACCACCAUAUCGUGCAACUCUCUGGGCAACUAUGGUCUCCUCAUGGACCUCAGCGGUGUGGAGUAUUUCUCUCCGAGCAUCCAGCCUCUGCACCCGGUCAUCUACGCCACAACUAUCACACUGCUCCUCUGCCUUCUCGCCAUUAUUAUUAGCUAUAUCUAUCAUCACAGGUCUGUCCAUGUGAGCCGCAAGUUUUGGCACAUGCUGGUCAACCUCUGCUUCCACAUCUCCCUCACCUGCGGGGUUUUCGUUGGCGGCAUCAAUCAGACGCGAUACGCAAGCGUCUGCCAAGCUGUGGGCAUUUUGCUGCACUACUCCACUUUGGCCACCGCUCUAUGGGUGGGUGUGACCGUGCGCAACAUUUACAAACAGAUGACACGCAAGGCGAAGCGCUACGAGGAACUGGACGAGCCACCGCCCCCGCCGAGGCCCAUGCUUAGGUUCUACUUGAUCGGCGGAGGGAUACCCAUCAUUGUCUGUGGGAUCACGGCAGCAGCCAACAUCAAAAACUACGGCAGCCAGACAAACGCGCCAUACUGCUGGAUGGCAUGGGAGCCGAGCAUCGGGGCCUUUUACGGCCCGGCUGGAUUCAUCAUCUUCGUGGACUGCAUGUACUUCCUCAGCAUCCUCCUCCAGCUGCGCCGACACCCUGAACGGCGUUACGAGCUGAAGGAGUCGACUGAAGAACAGCAGCACCUUCCUUCAGCCGUCAGCGAGGUCGGACCCGGUGGCCCCGGUGGUCCUGGUGGCCCCGGUGGCCACUGCCACCCCGUCACCCUGCAGCUCCAGCCACACGAGGCUUCCUCCUCCAUAGUGUCGUCCCCCCACGCCGUGCCCCUGUCCGCCCUGGAGAACGAGCACACCUUUGCCGCCCAGCUGAUGGGCGCGGCGGGGGCCCUGGGGCUCUACACGGCUCUCUGGGUGUUCGGGGCCAUGGCCGUGUCGCAGGACCACCCCUUCGACCUGGCCUUCACCUGCCUGUUCGGGGUGGCCGCGCUGGCCCUGGGGGCCUUCAUGGUGGCGCAUCACUGCGUCAACCGGCAGGACAUGAGGCGCUACUGGUCGCAGGCCUGCUGCUCCGGGAGGAGAGCGUACUCUGCCCAGGAGGACGCCCUGCUGCCUCAGCCCGGCAUGGCCAUGACGUCGGCGGCCGGCUCCGACAGCAAGGCGGACGGGGAGUCUAUAAAGUGCGGCCACAGCAGCGCAGACUCCUCCUACACCAAUAAGACCGCCCCGAGCAUGCGCAACUCCCCGCACGGCAGCAAGCUGACCAAUCUGCACGCAGAGGCGGCGCAGUGCAAGUCUGCGUCAGCGCCGGUCAUCACCACGGGCACCGUCGUCUUGGACAACAGUCUGACCGAACAUUCGCUCGACAAUGAGAUCAAAAUGCACGUGGCGCCGGUGGAGGUGCAGUUCCGCCCGCUGAGCAACAUCAACGGACACGCGGGCAGGCAUCACAAGAACCGAGCGCGGGCGCACAGGGCCAGCAGACUGACGGUGCUGCGGGAGUACGCCUACGACGUGCCCACCAGCGUGGAGGGCAGCGUGCAGAGCGCCCCGCACCGGCGGCACCAUCAUUACGACAUGGCGGCUCGCAACAGCCGGCGGGCGGCGUACAUGGCCUACAGGGAGCGCCACCAGAGCCAGGUGCAGCAGGACAGCAGCGACAGCACCAGCCUGCCUCGCCGCUCACGCCACUCCGAUAAAGGCGGCGGUGGCGUCCCGGGGAACGGGACGGCGGGGACGGCGGGGGCUGCAGAGGCGGAGCAGGCCGUCGCUCCCGGAGGCUCCAGUUUGGAAAAAGACUGCAGCCUCGUACGGCCGCCUGGCGGCACAGAACUGGAAGGCCCGAAUAAGUCGUACGGGCUCAAUCUCAUCACUCAGAAUGGUGGCUCACUGAAAGAAAACGGACAAGCGGUGCCUUUAAUUAGCGGCGACAAUGCAGCCAGUAAAAAGAACAGCCUGUGGAAACAUGAAACUACUGUGUAGGAACAGUUUCCCCCCCCCAAAAAAACUGUUUACUGAAACCUAUGACUUCAAACUGUGAAAUAUACUUCAAAUCUCCUCUGAUUGUACUUUUUUUUUGCAAAAAAAAAGCAAAACAAAUCCUUUGAAAUAAUAAUCGGAGAGUUAGCCACAACACUGCCACUGAACUGUCUUUGUAGCCAUGUUUUUGUAAAUGUUUUACGAUUUUAUUUUAUUUUUUACAACUUUUAAUCUUCACAUCUUCAUUCGUAUGAAGAUGUUUGUUCAUGAACCGACACGGUCCGAGCUGUGGCCCUGUGCAGACGCUUAGUUUUGUACUUUUCGCUCGUUGUCUAGUUGGUUCCGACCAUUAAUAAAAGUUUAAUUUGCCUAA